AUGCUGGUCACCAGGAUGUUGAGGCAGAUGGUGGGCAGAACAGUGGCCCCAGCUUGCAGCUGCAGGACCACUGUCCUGCCCGUCCGGUUUCUGGGCAUCUCCCCUCCACAAGUUCCAGCAGGUGCCAACUCCCACUCGGCCUCUUUCUCUGAAACAGACCUUCCCCGGGUCUUGAUUACAGGGGGUCUUGGCCAGCUGGGUGUGGGGCUUGCUAACCUUUUGAGGAAACGAUUUGGGAAGGACAAUGUGAUUUUGUCAGACAUAAAGAAACCCCCUGCUCAUGUCUUCCAUGGUGGCCCGUUCAUUUAUGCCGAUGUCCUGGACUACAAGCAUCUCCGCGAGAUCGUGGUGAACAACCGUGUCACCUGGCUGCUGCACUACAGUGCUUUGCUCAGUGCCGUGGGAGAGGCCAAUGUGUCCCUGGCCAGAGCCGUGAAUAUCACAGGAUUGCAUAACAUUCUAGACGUCUCAGCAGAACACAAUCUGCGAUUGUUUGUGCCCAGUACGAUUGGGGCUUUUGGACCCACCUCUCCCCGGAACCCAACCCCGGACCUCUGCAUUCAGAGACCCAGGACUAUCUAUGGGGUGUCCAAGGUCCAUGCGGAGCUCCUGGGAGAAUACUAUCAUUACCGGUAUGGCUUGGAUUUCCGGUGCCUGAGGUAUCCCGGCAUCAUUUCAGCCGAUUCCCAGCCUGGAGGAGGGACAACUGACUAUGCAGUCCAGAUUUUCCAGGAUGCUGUAAAGAGUGGGAGAUUUGAGUGCAACCUGCAAGCCAGCACCAGACUCCCGAUGAUGUACAUCGAGGACUGUCUCAGGGCCACCCUGGAAAUCAUGGAGGCCCCAGCAGAGUCUCUCUCCAUGCGGAUCUACAACGUCAAUGCCAUGAGCUUCACCCCCGAGGAGCUGGCCCAGGAGGUCCUCAAGCACGUGCCAGAGUUCCAGAUCACGUACCGCGUGGAUCCCCUCCGACAGGCCAUAGCGGAUAGCUGGCCGAUGAACUUGGAUGACAGCAAUGCGCGGAAGGACUGGGGCUGGAAGCAUGGCUUUGAUCUUCCAGAGUUGGUGACGACAAUGCUGAACUUCUACGGCUCCCACACCAGAGUUGCCCAGGCCAACUGA